AUGGCUGCCAAGAUUCUGCUGAGCCUUUUGCUCCUUUCUGUUGCCUCCGAGUUGGCUUUGGCAUGUGGCAAGAACCUCUGCCCGGUGGUUGAGAACCACAACAGACUCUGCCGGGGAAAGCUUCAGCACCAGUGCGUCUGCGAUUUCACCUGCUCCGAAUGGGAUAAACCCUGCAAUUGGGUCGUCAGCUGUGAAGCCGAGAUCGAGAACAUCAAUAUAUACCGCAGCAAGAAGAACAAGCUUCCUGUAAUAAGACUACCACACAAGAGCCAUCAGGAGUGUCUGGAAAUCAAUGUUAAGACGCACAAUCACACAAACUGUUGCAACUUGUUCUGUUCUCUUAAUAUAAGGGACGUGUGCUUCUAA